AUGCACAAGGAUGCAAUACUUGAUGAAGGUGUUGGAACUGGCUUUCUCCUCGACCGUGAUGGGUAUAUACUGACAUGUGCACAUGUCUUGUCGAUUUUGCAAGAAUUCAAAGUGGGGGAUAAAAAUGUCGAACGUUGGCUUCCCGGGCAGGUUAGGACAAAUUUCAGAGGAGAAGAUGCCUAUGUUGUCGAUGUCAAAUCAAUUGACAUCGGCAACGACGUUGCACUGCUAAAGCUUCCUCCAGGUGUAAUAAAGCAAUCUCAUCUUCCCUGUGUGCUUACAAAAGUACCCCCUGAUAUGGGUGAAUAUAUCUUCUUGGUUGGACACCCAGCAAGUCUCCCCUUCCCCUUGCGGUUUGGUCAUGUCAUUAAUCCUCGUCGUUCCCUUUAUGAUUUUAGCCCGGGUCACCUUGCCCGUUUCCCUCAGCAUGAUGAAUAUAUGGAUCCAGACAUGAAAUUCCUCGAGCUGGAUAUGAGGUCAGCCCCAGGUUUUUCUGGUGGGCCAUUAGCCACAAUGGAAGGUGCAAAAGCAGCAUAUGGGAUUCUGUCGUCCAUGAUUACGAAGGUUCUUGAGAAGAUGCAUAAGAGGAGCCUUGCUGAUAAUUCUGGGUUUAUUGAACCAGAAAAACCUGAGGCUGACCUCAUAUCCAGCUUAAGGAAUUUCAUGCUUGGAUCCAUAUAUUCAUCAUGUUGA